UAUAUCGAUAGCUCGGUUCCAUAAACACAUUAAUUUGUUAAAAUUUGUAUUUACUUUCAUUUGCAAGCAUGGCGCCUGUUCGUGGCUCACAAUCAAAAGGAAAACCUGGAGGGAAACGAGCUAAAGGUCCUGGCAAGGUUACACACAAACAGAAACCCGGUUUCAAAAGCAAAAACCAGACAAAACCCAAGGCAAAUAAACCCAACAAACCCGAGAUCAGGAGAAAUAAGCGAAAUGAAAAGAUUGCCCAGGAGAAAGCGGAGCAGGAGAAGGUGCGGGCGGAACGCGAUGCCCGUAUAAAGGCCUACAAAAAGCAACGUUUGGAGAAGACCAAGGCCAUUAGUAAGAAAACUCAGCGUGGACAACCGCUGAUGAAGGAUCGAAUGCAGCUCCUACUAAAGCAAAUCGAGGAGAUGAAACGUCGCUAAAUGAGUUGCAUUGAGGUAUUUCUCGAUCUUAAAAUUUGUACCUCCAGAGGCUACUGUCUGCAGUGCCUCUUAUAUGUUUGAAGUGUCCCAUAAUUCUUUGUUUCAAAUCAAUCUAUUAUUAUU